CCAACCAGCAUCAGCAGUAUCUCCCUCACAGAGAGUGCCCUGUCACGACUGGACCGCCGCGAGGCCGAGACGUGGUGUAGCGGUCCCUUACCUCAGUACGAGGCCAUUAAUGGACAGAACAGACAGGCUAUUUUGUCCAACGUUCUCCAGACGUACACGACGGAGAUCGCGGAGUUGACAACUCAGUCUCAUCUUUGGUUCUGUAAAUCAUCCUCCAGGAUAGCUACCACUGGAUUCCUCAAUCUGUCGGACCUUUACACUGAUGAGGAGGUUGCUACAUUUUCCCUGUCUGACUCCCCCCAGCAGGACAGGAGACAGAGUCAGUAUGGGGACCUACCCCCCAGGCUGGCUGUCAGUCCCUCCCUAAUGAUUGAAAUGCUCUCAGGCCUAUACUAUGUCACGUUUAAUAGCCAGCCUUCAUUAGGACUUAAAGCUAUUUAUGAUCUUCAUCACAGAGCCAGCUAUGAGCUGUAUGCAGAUGUUCUACUGGUAACGAAUGCAAUGACUAACAGCCUCCAGUCCGUGGUGUCCAGUUCCAGUGACAGUGUACGAGGAAUGAUGGCCGUCACCCCGUCUACUUCAGCACACUCCAUCUCCAAAUCAGCCAUCACCAACGCUUCAUUUAGGGCCAAAAAAUUGCCAGAUGAUAUCAGCAUAGUUCCGGACGAAGACACGGCCAAAUUGGCAACCAUUGAUGAAGACACCCAAGAAGUUGUCUCCCCUAAGGCAGCACCUAAAGCCUCUAAGUUCAACAUAGCCAAAGCAAUUCUCAAGGGUGAUAAAUCCAAACCGAAGGAGCCGAAGAAAGAGGCAGCGGAUCACAAAACCAGUUUGUCAAACGGAGAUGCACCAGAUGUUGCUGUUGUUAAAAACAAUUCCAGAAUUGUUGUUGAUAACUUUGAGAUGCAGCCCUUCAACCGAAAAAAUUCUGAUCUUGAAAACAGUGAAGAUAAAACUGUGUCAUCUCCUUUGAUACCUAAGCCCCAUUCUACAAGCAGCAUAGGGAAAGACAUGAAAACCAGGCUACAAGAUCACACGCGCAAUCCCUCGGGCUCCUCCGUUAAUUCAGACAACUAUAGCACAAACUUGUAGGCAUGCUUAUAGGUCAUCAAUAGUUAUUUAUUAUAAAUACUGACUUUUUAUGCUUCGGAUAUUGAGAGUAUAUUUUUUUGAAGGGAAAAUAUAGGGUUAUAUUUUUUGGUUUGUAAAUUUAAUGUGAUUAAUGAAUGUGAUGAUUCUUUUUAGAGUUUUUAAGCUAUGUAUGUUAGAAGUUUUUCCUUGAUAUCUUAUAUAUUUGUGAACUUAAUAUUUUCAUGCACUUAAUCUUUGCAAUUAAACUAAAAAAAAAGCUUUAAAGAUGCCUCAAAAUCCCCCCUAAUAUACAAUAACUUAUUUAUAUAUGUUCUGUAUUCUGUAUGGAGAAAAGUUCUUGUAAGGGAGAAAAUCUGUUUUUGAAAUGAAUUUAAAUGAUCAAUUAAGGUGCUUCUUAAUGUGCUGUAAUUGUCUUUCAGUACACCUGUACAUAUAUAAGGCAUUCCACAAUGUGAUACUAAUCUAGUGCUGAACCGACAAGUAUAUGCACUAUUACUACACGUAAAAGCUAUGAAUACAUGUACAGUCAACCUACUUCAGAGUGAAAUUCAUUACAGUGAACAUCUGAUUAAGAACUAGCCUACUAAUGUUUUAUUUGUAAGCAUCACUGAUUAAUCAGGAUGUUCAUCAUAACCAUGUUUUCCUGUGGGGCAGUUAUGGCCCGGCUAGUUCAAUGGGGGAUCAAAUAUAGGUUGAACCAGUAAUGCCUUUUUAGGAAUAAAGUUUCUGAAUCUACCUCUUUUUGUGACUUGUACAUAUGCAAUAUAUUAACCAUUCAGAGCAUUCUACAAAUUAUUAAACGUUAUGUU